GCGGAGGGCGGCGGGGGCCGCGCCGGGAGCUCGCGCGUCCGCUGGAGCGCAGUCCACUAUGACCCUCCUCGCCCUCGGCUCUGGAAGACGGCUGGGCUUCGUGCAUCGCUCGGGGGCGGUUUUCUUGCAAACCUUGCUUUGGAUUUUAUGCGCUGCUGUCUGCGGAUCGGAGCAGUAUUUCAAUGUGGAGGUGUGGCUGCAGAAGUACGGCUACCUGCCCCCCACGGGCCCCCGGAUGUCGGUGCUGUGCUCGGCGGAGACCAUGCAGUCCGCCCUGGCCGCCAUGCAGCAGUUCUACGGCAUCAACAUGACGGGCAAGGUGGACAGGAACACCAUCGACUGGAUGAAGAGGCCCCGGUGUGGGGUGCCCGACCAGACGAGAGGCAGCUCCAAAUUCAGCGUCCGCCGGAAGCGAUACGCGUUAACCGGCCAGAAGUGGCAGCACAAGCACAUCACCUACAGCAUAAAGAACGUGACUCCGAAGGUAGGGGACCCCGAGACCCGCAAAGCAAUCCGCCGGGCCUUCGACGUGUGGCAGAACGUGACCCCCCUGACCUUCGAGGAAGUGCCCUACAGCGAGCUGGAAAACGGCAAGCGAGACGUGGACAUUACCAUCAUUUUUGCAUCUGGUUUCCACGGGGACAGCUCGCCCUUCGACGGAGAGGGGGGGUUCCUGGCGCACGCCUACUUCCCUGGGCCAGGGAUCGGGGGAGACACUCACUUUGACUCGGACGAGCCGUGGACGCUAGGAAAUCCGAACCACGACGGAAACGACCUGUUCCUCGUGGCCGUCCACGAGCUGGGCCACGCCCUGGGCCUGGAGCACUCCAACGACCCCACGGCCAUCAUGGCCCCGUUCUACCAGUACAUGGAGACCGACAACUUCCAGCUCCCCAGCGACGACCUGCAGGGCAUCCAGAAGAUCUACGUGUACGCGUCGGCGGUUGGGAGGUUUACGGACCAGUGGUUCUGGCGCGUGAGGAACAGCAGGGUCAUGGAUGGGUACCCCAUGCAGAUCACUUACUUCUGGCGCGGCCUGCCUCCGGGGAUCGACGCCGUGUACGAAAACAACGAGGGGAACUUCGUCUUCUUCAAAGGUAACAAGUUCUGGGUGUUCAAGGACACGACGCUCCAGCCCGGCUACCCUCACGACCUGAUCACCCUCGGGAGCGGAAUCCCCCCUCACGGCAUCGACUCGGCCAUUUGGUGGGAGGACGUUGGGAAAACCUAUUUCUUCAAGGGGAACAGGUACUGGAGAUACAGUGAGGAGAUGAAGACCAUGGACCCCGGCUACCCCAAGCCCAUCACCGUCUGGAAGGGCAUCCCCGACGCCCCGCAGGGAGCCUUCGUUCACAGGGAGCACGGCUUCACCUAUUUCUACAAAGGAAAGGAGUACUGGAAGUUCAACAACCAGAUCCUCAAGGUGGAGCCCGGGUACCCCAGGUCCAUCCUGAAGGACUUCAUGGGCUGUGACGGCCCCACGGACAGACACACAGAGGGACGCAGCCCGCCGGGCGACGUGGACAUUGUCAUCAAGCUGGACAACACCGCGGGCACGGUGCGGGCCGUGGCCAUCGCCAUCCCCUGCGUCCUGGCGCUGUGUCUGCUGGUGCUGGUGUACACCGUGCUCCGGUUCAAGCGCAAAGGGACCCCCCGCCACAUACUGUACUGCAAGCGCUCCAUGCAGGAGUGGGUGUGAGCCUGCGCCCGGGCGC